UAACCUCCUUUGAGAAAAUGGCGAGCACAUUGGUUGUUGUAAGUUUUCUGGCAAUUUUACUUUUAGAUAUAAAAUGUGUUUUCGGAAAUACUUGUGAUUGUGAGACAGUUAAGGAUAUACUGACCGAUGAAAUAUUUGAUCUUAAGGCUGAAAACAAACAACUCGAGUCUAGAAUUAAAAAGAUGGAAUUGAUGAUGCAGACAAAGACUUCAGUAUCGUACCAAGCAGCCGAGAUAGACAAGGAUUGGAUUCAGAGAAUGGAAACGAGAAUCAAUGAUAUCGAAUCUAAGAUUCCAGAAAGCACAAAAGUUUCGAGGAACCCGUUUAAACCGCAAAGUCUCAUAGCUAAAGCGCUGCGUUCAGAGAAAAAAGAACGACUAAAAUCUAAAUUGAAAAUAGCUGCAGGUCUGAAGAAAAUUAAUAACAGCCUGAAGGCGUUCAACGUUCAAUCAGAUGCCGUUUUCGCAUCACAUAUUAGUAAUAUCUCAGAUCGCAUACAGGACAUUAAAACGGAGUUGUCACAGAACAUGUCUCACGUCAGAAAUGAAGUGAUGGAUGUUAGUAAUCGCACAGCAAAGCUGGCAAAUCAGACAAGUUCAUUAAUUGAGAAUAAAAUAACAACAAUUGAGAUGUCAAUUGAUGCCAUGAACCACGACGUUUCACAGAUUGAUGCUGACUUAAACACCAUUAUAGAUAUUGUACUUCUAGAUCAAAAAGCGGAAUGCGAACCAAACUGCACUAACGGAGGCGUGUGCUUCAAAGACAACACAUGUAGGUGUAAGCCUUUCACAGAAGGACCAAACUGCGAAAAAAUAAUUUGUGAAGACAAAUGCUACGAGAACGGCGGAAAAUGCGUUGGGUCUGGAAAAUGUGAAUGUCAAGAAAAUAGAUACGGACAUAACUGUGAGCAAUUGUUGCUCUGUGAAGCUGACGAGUUGAAAUGCGUUGUUGAUAAGAAGUGUCUGACUGCGGACAAGAUCUGUAACAGACUACUCGACUGUUCUGACGGUAGAGAUGAGAAAAGUUGUGAUUUGAGCAUGUGUAGACGUGAUCAAUUCCAGUGUUCUUCCGGCAUGUGUAUACAUAACUCCUGGAGAUGUGACGGUGAUUCCGAUUGUGGAGACGGUUCUGACGAAACCAACUGCCAUUUGAGCGUGUGUAGACAUGAUCAAUUCCAGUGUUCUUCCGGCAUGAUGUGUAUAUAUAACUCCUGGAGAUGUGACGGUUAUUCCGAUUGUGACGACGGCUCUGACGAAACCAACUGCCGUUAGAUUUGUCAUUUAUAUUGUUAAUUCAGAUUGUUCUUCUCGGUCAAAACUAUAUAUUUUUCAUUAUCGUAAACAUUCAUUCAGGAGCUUUUAGUUCGCUUGUCAUGAAAACAGCAAUAUCACUUAUUUUGUGGUCGGCUGAUUCAUGGGGCUCAUACAAUUACAAAAGUACAA